AUGGCUGCCUUGGUGGGCAAUGGGAUUCUCGUGGGUUUCGCCGGCCAAGCCGCUUUAUCCUUAGGUCUAUCUGCGUGGGUGUUCUUCCUAACCACCCACGGCAACAUAGAUGUCGUGCAUCCAGAAGGCUCUGUUCAGCGUGAGAUCGAGCGCAAGCGCUUGGACUUUGUUUCUAGUAUUUUAAUGAUCGGGUCUGAUAUCCAAUUGACGCUGGGGAUAGCAUAUAUGAUCACCGUCUUCUCGCAGGUACAACUGAUAGAUACAUACCACUUACACCUCGUCUUCGACAUUGUUAGCUUCGUCGGAGUAUCUAACACCGCCGCCCUCGUCUGUUGGAGAUUCUGCCGUGCUAAGAUCGACUCACCGGAUACGAAACGUCCUUCCGGGCGUCAUUCUAAGCGCAUCACCGAUUUUAUGUCCUAUUUCCGCGGUCACUACCGAGCCACUUUCCUCUAUAUCGCCUUAUACCUUGCCCUUACCAUUCUCCUCUGCAUCCGACUCAAUGACUGGGCUCCUAAUAAGGAACCUGGCCGUUGCUACCAUACGCACUUGGUCACCAACAUAACAGCCUCACAUCCCGCGAGCGAUCAGAUUUACGUGGCUGUUACUAGCUCUUGGCUUAUAGUUGUUACCAUUGCUGGCGUGUUCGGUGGAGUUAGGAGGAGACGUGGGAUUCUGCUGUUCUCCUCAUUACACUUCCCCUUGCACCUCUACAUGGCGAUUGCACUUCGGAAGGCAAAUGAUGGCAAGCUUGAUGGCGACAAUAAGCAGGAGAAUGAUUGGGACUUUGGCCAGACGACGGCGGUUGUCCUUCUAGGGGUUGCCAUCGUGGAACUGCUCAGCAAGGGAAAAGAGUACUAUGACUUUGAGAAGCAUGCGGCUAAGAAUGGGAAGUCCCGCCAUGCAAGUGACCGGUCGCUCCAGGAAGCUGAGGAUGGUAAUUCGACUGGCUAUCUCCUUGAUACCCUCCCUAGCUAUGGACACACUCCUGAAGAGAGGCUCCCUGUUACCAAGGGAUAG